GUGAGACGCAGACAGAGAGAGAGGAGACGCUGUCCGGGACAGAGACGGGGACCGAGCCGCUCGAGACAUUUAGAGCGGAAUGAAGAGUAGAGUGUGAUGUGUGUGUGAUCUGAGGAGCAGGGGGCAGUGAGUGUGUUAUGGGCUGGAUCCUGUGAGGGCUUCGGGAGACACAGGGCGAGGGGUGAGGGGUGGAUUCACUGGGUCAGACAAACUCACACUGACUACCCCCACCACUGAAGAAGAAGAGAAGAAGAAAAAACCCCAGACAAAGCGCUGGGGAAACGAUGAACAGUCAAAAGAAGUGAGGAGAACUGAUCUGGAAAGAGAAGCACAAUGUCACGGUCAGAUGAGGUCAACAAGAUGACAGAAAAUGUCUACAAGGGCAUUCUGGACCAGUUCAACCCCAGUCUGAAGAAUUUUGUCACCAUGGGCAAACACUAUGAAAAGGCUCUGACAGGCGUCACAGUGGCAGCGAAGGGUUAUUUUGACGCUUUGGUCAAACUAGGAGAGCUGGCCAGUGACAGCCAGGGCUCAAAGGAACUAGGUGACACGUUGUUCCAGAUGGCAGAGGUUCAUCGGCAGAUCCAGGUCCAGCUCGAGGAUGUGCUGAAGCUGUUUCAUUCAGAGCUGCUGUCUCAACUCGAGCAGAAACUGGAGCUAGACAUCAAAUAUCUGACCGGAACGCUGAAGAAGUACCAGAGUGAGCGGAAGUCAAAGGUGGAGUCCAUUGAGCGCUGCCAGUCACAGCUGAAGAAGCUGCGGAGGAAGAGCCAGGCUAGUCGCCAUCCCAACAAAUAUGGAGACAGAGAGAUGCAGUAUGUGGAGCUGAUGAGUCGCCGGCAGGGUGAGUUGGACUCGCUGGUUGCCGUUGGUUACCGCUCGGCUCUGACAGAAGAAAGGCGGCGCUAUUGCUUUCUAGUGGACCGUCAGUGUUCAGUCACCAAGAUCCUCACCAACUACCACUGCAAGGUGAGAGAGCUGCUGUCUCAGAAGCUGUCGUCGUGGCAGCAGUCAUGUGCGCAGCCAACCAAGCUCCCGGAGCGAGCGCUGAACCUGCUGCGUCACACUGCCCCCCUGAGCUCUGGAGGAGCCGGCCUCGCCGAGGUCCUGCGCAACGCCAAACUGGGCAUCUCUCAGCCCGCAGAACAAAGGCUGUCUGUGCAGGAGGUCCCGCCUCUGCUGAAUGGUGACAGUCGUCCUCAGCAGCAGCAGCAGUCCGUCCCGGGCCUUCAGUCUCUCCAGAACCCCUCCAGUAAUGGACACGCCCAGUCCGGUUCUUCAGCCAGCCCCGCCCACUCACAGACAGCAGUGUCUGGGUUACAGUCUCCUCCCUCCAUUAGCCACACCUUCACCUCCUCCCACAGUUCCCUGCAGGGCCUGACUCCGCCCCUGACGGCCCCCCACAGCCCUCCGCUGCCCCACAGCGCCCCUCUGUCCCGCGCGCUCACACCCGUCCUGCUGUCCGGCUCUCCUGCUGCUGUCAGUCUGCUGAAGACUCCCGAUCUCUACUCCACCUCCACCCUGCCGCUGCCGAGGAGACAGUCCAGCGAGACUCGCCAGGGAUUCAUGGGCUCGACUCUCCCCCGUGUGCUCCCUCUCUGUGCUCCGUCCCGUGUGGAGGCUCUGUUCCCUCACUCCCCAGACUCCUGCGAGGGAGACCCAGGAGGAAGCUCAUGCCUGCUGUCCUUCCUGCCCGGAGACGCUCUGUCCCUGCUGAUCAGUGAGCCCAGAGACGGCUGGCACUACGGCCAGAACGAGCGCACGGGACGAAAAGGCUGGUUUCCCUUCUCCUACACACAGCCUUUCCCCAACACUCCCGGACAAGAUCUCAGUGCUCCUGUCCUGUCGAAGGUGAACAGCAGCAGUAUGGGGCAGCUGGACAGGCUUCCCCCCACGGGUCAGGGGCCGCAGGUCAGUCCUGACUCUGAGGACGAGAGGAGCGUCUUAUCCCAGCGCAUCAGCACCUUCAGACCGCGACCCUACAGCAUGAUGAACCCCGAGACCAGCAGGACGAGUCCACGACUGCGUCUGAAGGACAGGAUGUCGACUGAUUUCACCGCUCCGCCUCCGUCACCCAGCAGGAUCAACCCGUUCGCUCAUAUUCGGCUCAAGAAGACGGUGACCAAUGACCGCUCCGCGCCUCUGAUACAGUAGAGCCUUUGACUGACAGCCAGAGCUGCUCCUGUUAAUGCAGAGUUUACACUUUUGCCAACAGAAACCCAUUCAGAUAACAACCAGAAUCAGAGAAUUACAUGCAUUUAGAUCAUUUAGGAUUUAGCUGAUCAAAUGUAUAUUCUAUAUAUAUUACAUUAUCAGAAAAUUAAAUAUUUCACGAGGUUUUUAUGUAUUUCGGAUGAGUGCGCAUGGAGAAAUUUGACCUCUAACAUUUGAUUUCAUGUUGUGGACAACAUAUUCUUCAGUAUUUGAACUGCUUUACUGUGAAGUGUGAUGUCUACAGUGAAGAUGAUGAUGAAGCUUUUAGCGUCUGAUGUUUGUGGAGAUGAUUCCCAGUUUAGUUUCAUGAAGUAUUAUAUUAGAUUAUUUGACGUCAGGGAGGUUAGUAUAAAAAAGAUAUGUAUUUUCUAGCAUACAAAUGCACAUUUUUUGAAGGAAUAGUUCAUCCAAAUGUAAACUCUGUGGUUAUGUACUCAGUCACGUCCAGUGUUCAGGAAGGUUAUUUUUAAAUGUAAUGCAUUACAAUAUUGCAUUACUCCCUAAAAACUCAACUCAUUUUUUUUAGUUACUUUUUUUUGGAAAGUAAUGUUAAGUUACACAAAAUUUGUUCCUUUAAUUGAGUAUACUUCCCACAUAAAUCAAGAUACUUUCUCCAAAACCUUUUUUUUUAAAUCUUGAAUGAAGACAAGGUAUCCUAGAGCAUGCUGGGAGGAGCAGGUUGAUGGAGUCAAACGCAGGACUCAGUCGAGAGGAAAAUGGAGCGUAAUUAUAUACUGAAAGCUUUGAAAGUGUUGUGUUUGUGAACGUGUGACGUGAAGAGUCUCUCGCUCUGGUCUCUUGUCCCCCGUCCAUCUGUGGUGUAUGUUAAUAAACCCCAAACCUCUAAAGCUAAAGCUCAGUCCUGAGUCGCAGCAGGUUUCAGGCGAGGGAUCUGAAGAUCAGAGUGAGAUCUGAAGACGUGACCGAAGGCUCAGGAAAGUGUAGACGUGCUGGAGGACGUGACUGUAGCUGUAGAUGAGAGAGAAGCUGAAAAACGCUUCCUCACCAUUAUCCACGACAGAAGACUUAAAGAUGCUUAUGUCCACUGAUUUGAGAUUAACCUAGAGUAUGAUUCAUUUACUUGAGUUUGUGCUUUAAGUCGAUUGUUAGUCUUAAAAGUUGCUCAUUGUAAGAUUUUACACUGAAACCAAUCUAACUAGUUAUUAAUAAUGAUACCUUCAUGCAUAAACGUUUGAAUGGUUUCUCCACUCCAGGGUCAGUUCCUUCUGAUACCUUCAUUUAUUAACUUUUUCUAUUAUUAAGAUAUCUUAAAUUGAAUAAUGCAGAAAGGUUCAUCUCCAACCUUAUAUAUGCAAAUAUAACUGUAUGCUGUAAUACAGUGAUUUUCAAAAGUCAUCGUGAUAACUGUGUAGCCUUUCUUCCUAUUUUUUUUUCUAUUAACUUCAAUAAAGUUAAUCCCUGUG